AUGCGACCAUAUACCGAUGAUUGGGAAGCCAUGUUUGAUCCACAAUACUCGAUGGAUAGUCCUCGUCAUAAACGACCUGGUCGACGGAGGGAUAUGCCUGCAUCAGCACCUCCUACACCUUCUACUGGCACACCUGCUUUACCAUCCAUUGACAUUAUUGCUUAUAGCAAAAGUCAACAAAACAUGAUGGCUUCAUCUUCAUCGCAACAGCUUCCAUCAUCUGUAUCAGCCCCAUCACCCCAUCAACGACCACCUGACCAGCUUUGGACCGAUCGCAUGAAUUUGUUGCGGACAAUACGAGAACAAGGACACAUCACCGAACAACGACCCUCUACCCCACAUAAACAAGGUUGGAAAGAUCGGCUUCGUGAGAAGAUCGAUCAUGGCCUUUUACAAGAAACAUCAGAUGGAUCAAGUGAUGAUGAUAAUGAUGAAGAUGAUGAAGACCAUUUUGAAAAGGAGACAAAUCAAGAUAUGAAAGAGCAACAAGACCAUGAAGAGCACAAUCAACAGCAGCAACGACGAAAACGUCCUCCUUAUCGUCAUUCGUUUUUGUACUUUGCAUUUGGCUUUUUAUUCCCACCAUUAUGGAUUAUUGGGGCAAUGCAUGUGCCUCCGCAACACCAGAGUCCCGAGGGUCAAGCAGUUGACUUGCAAUGGCGACGACGGUGUCGUAAUGCUUUCUUCCUUUUUAUUGCCACUGUGCUUGUUGUCUUGAUUAUCGCUUUGGUACUUAAACCUGCCUCCGUGGGUUGGAGACUCAGUGCACCUUUACCUGAUGGCACUGUUCAUUAUUAA